AUGGGUCUGCUAAGUGAAGGUACUCCUCUAUCUUGGGAAGAAAGCAAGAGAGUGGCCGACCACGUUCGAAAGCACGGAAUAAUUCAGUUCAUCAAUCAGUAUAAUAAGCUAAAGGAUAGAUCUAAGGAUUGUUUGCUGUGGGGGGAUGAGGUUAUCGAAUACAUGCUGGUAAAUUUGAAUGAUAAAACCAAGAAGGCAGCAUUAGUACUGAAUGCUCAACCGAUUCUUGAAAAAUUAAUGGAGGAUGAAUACAAACAUCCAGAGGAGCAUCAAACGACUUGGAGGCCCGAGUAUGCAUCCUACAUGGUCGAAGGUACUCCAGGCAAGCCCUAUGGACCUAGGAUGAGUCAUUUCAAUGUUGUAGAAGCUAAUAUGAGGAGGAGGCGAGAGGAAGUGAUGAAGUUGCUCUCCUAUGAUCCUAACAAUUUCGCCAUGACCUUGAGCGUUUUCCCAAGGAUUGGAUGUGCUAACUUCACAAUACCACAACACUUACCUGACCCAAUUAAUGGCGUAUCUAGGUCAUUGUUCUUCCCUGAUGAGGCUAUAUUCGGUGGUCACCCAAGAUUUCGUACUCUGAGUAGGAAUGUUCGCGAAAGGAGGAAAGAAAGACCGGCCAUCAAUGUUCCAAUAUUUAAUGAUAAGAAAACAAAGAGUCCCUUCAUAGAAGAUUUCACUGCUUUGUACAACAGCCUCAAUCUGAAGUCAACAGGUGCGUCAGCAAAACCCGACCACAUAUACAUGGAUUGCAUGGGAUUUGGAAUGGGAUGCUGCUGUCUCCAGGUUACAUUUCAAGCCUGUAAUAUCUGUGAAGCUAGGCUGCUCUACGAUCAGCUGACUCCAUUAUGCCCUAUUAUGUUAGCACUUAGUGCCUCCAGUGCCAUCUUCAGAGGUUAUUUGUCUGAUAUUGACUGUAGGUGGCCAGUAAUUUCGGCUUCUGUUGAUGAUAGAACGAGAGAAGAACGAGGUCUCGAGCCUCUGAAGAAUGAGAGAUUUGUCAUUCAGAAGUCGAGAUACGACUCUAUAGAUAGCUACUUAUCCUAUUGUAGUGAUGAGUACAACGACAUCAACAUGGUUUAUGAUAAAGAUAUCUUCAACACGCUUACUAAUAAUGGCAUUGACAGACUGCUAGCAAAGCACAUAGCACACCUCUUCAUUCGAGAUCCCAUCUCGGUUUUCAAGGAGAAGUUGGACCUCGAUGAUGAAGUUGAUACAGAUCAUUUUGAGAACAUUCAGUCAACGAACUGGCAGACGAUGAGGUUCAAGCCCCCGCCACCGAACACCGACAUCGGAUGGAGGGUCGAAUUUAGGCCCAUGGAGGUCCAGUUGACUGAUUUCGAGAAUGCAGCCUAUGUUGUUUUUAUAGUUCUGCUAACCCGAGUUAUCCUAACCUACAAAUUGAACUUCGUCAUUCCUAUAUCCAAGGCGUGUUUUCGUUUCUUUGUGGAUGAAAACAUGAAGAAAGCGCAGAAAAGAGAUGCAUGUCGCCAGGAGAAGUUUUACUUCCGGAAAGAUAUUGUCACAUCCGAAAGUCUGUGUUGUUGCCCUGCUAGCAAGAGGUCACCGCAGGAUCGGGGCGAGGCACAAUCAAUUGACGAUGAGUAUGACCUCUUCACUAUUCAGGAGAUUAUUUCUGGCAAGGAAGGUGUCUUCCCCGGUUUGAUGUCCCUGAUAGAGAGGUACCUGCAGAGUGUGGAUGACUGUGAUGUAGAUACCAGCUGCACCAUCUCUCAAUAUCUUGAUCUCAUCAAGAAGAGGGCCUCUGGCAACCUUCUAACGCUAGCAUCGUGGACGAGAGAGUUCGUAGAAAGCCACCCGGACUACCAACACGACUCAAUAGUACCGGAUUCGACUGCAUACGACCUCCUGAAAACCUGCUCCGACAUAACGUUCGGUCACGUAACGGAUUCGCGCCUGCUGAACGAUAAGUACGGAUCGAAAAGUAACGAGAACAUCCCGCCGGCCAUGACGAAAGUGGAUGCGGUUCAUGCCAACAUGGCCUCCAAACAACAGGGCUCCCCUAUGUCCACUGAUUGCUGUUCUGUCUGA